AUGGCUAGAGAAAGAGUCUCUAAACAAAAUGCAAUCGUCAACUGGUUGAAUCCCACUCCCCCUAGUUAUCCACAUGAUGCCCCCAACAUCCUCUCCCUCAACCAAGCAUUACAACUAGUCAAAAGCGUAAGGGACGCUGAAUCCGAAAGCCCACAUAGUAAGAAAGCUACUCCCCGCCAAAACCAGCGAGACUGUCACCGAUGCGGCAAGAAAGGUCACUCAGCAAAGGACAUAGCCGAAGACGGCUCUUUCAAGUGUCCCACCCGCAUCACCGACGCCCAAACCAUGUCAACCGAACUCGCACGUCUCCGUGCAGAAUUCACCGCCGAACUAGCCGCUACACGCCAAAAAGACCAGCAACAACAACAACAACAACAACUCUUCACCCACCAACAAAAUCAACAGCACGAAUACCAACCACUACUACACCAAUCCCAGCACAACCGCUACCACCACCAUCUACACCCCCGCCAAACGCUAGAAUCCUACAAAACCGCCCUCCAAAAACGCAACCGCGCCCUCCCCGCCUGGUCCACAAACUACUUUGCGCUCUACCACGCACUGCAGAGCAAAUCGGGACUGACGCGUUUUGUAGAUUGUAGUGGUAAGUCGCAUUUUGUUAAGUUGUACAAUGAGGGUAUGAGGAGGUAUGCUGAGGAGGUGAGGGAAAGGGAGGAGAAGGAAGAGAGGGAGAGGGAGGGGAAAGAGGUGUUGUGGCCGAAUGUGCAGGUUGUUGUUGUUGGGAGAAGGACGGUGGGGGUGUGA